GGAUGACUCAGCUACAAGUUGCUACAAGAAUUUUCUUCUGUGGUUGCUAGAAAGAACCCAAACCAGCUCAGCCAAUUAGAGCUCCAGUUGUCUCUCCAACCCGCGCUGGCCCUGGGAGUGAAAGGAAGUGUUUAUUUGGUGUAUGUGUGAAGCUGUUCAGAAGUUUCAGAGCCUUUGUCGCUUUGAAAGUCACCUAGAUGAUUUGGGCAUGGUCUCCUAAGCCCCCUGCUAGUUAAGCUCUCUGAAGAGAAGGUGGCAGACCCGGUUUGCUGAUCACACCAGGGAUCAGGAGUUAAGGAUAUGGACACUUUAGAAGGGUAUAAUUUACCAGAUGUCACAAAACAGCUAGCAAAUAGCAGAACCAGGAUUGAAGUCUGUGUCUGGCAGAAUAAUUGUCAGCCUUGGGCAGCAAGUUAACACAGUUUGAAAUCCCUGCAGUCCUGGCAUGAAGAAGGUGGAUCCUGAAGUUCUUAGAUGGAGAGUAAAUAUAAGGAGAUACUCCUGCUAACGGGCCUGGAGAACAUCACCGAUGAAGAACUGGAUAGGUUUAAGUUCUUUCUUCCAGAUGAGUUUAAUAUUGCUACAGGCAAACUACAUACUGCAAAUAGACCACAACUAGCUAACUUGAUGAUUCAAAAUGCUGGUGUGGUGUCUGCAGUGACGAAGACCAUUCAUAUUUUUCAGAAGUUGAAUUACAUGCUUUUGGCAGAACGUCUUCAAGAAGAGAAGGAGAAAGUUGAUAAGAAAUACAAAUCGGUAACAAAACCAAAGCCACUAAGUCAAGCUGAAAUGAGUCCUGCUGCAUCCGCAGCCAUCAGAAAUGAUGUCACAAAGCAACGUGCUGCACCAAAAGUCUCUGCCCAUAUUCAGCCUGAGCAGAAACAGAUGGUGAUCCAGCAGGAAUCUAUCAGAGAAGGGUUUCAGAAAGACCGUUUGCCAGUUAUGGUACUGAAAGCAACGAAGCCCUUCACGUUUGAGACCCAAGAAGGCAAGCAAGAGAUGUUUCAUGCUACAGUGGCUACAGAGAAGGAAUUCUUCUUUGUAAAAGUUUUUAAUACACUGCUAAAAGAUAAAUUCAUUCCAAAGAGAAUAAUUAUAAUAUCGAGAUAUUAUCGGCACAGUGGCUUCUUAGAAGUAACUAGUGCCUCACGUGUGUUAGAUGCUGAAUCUGACCAAAAGGUCAAUGUCCCACCAAACAUCAUCAGAAAAGCUGGGGAAACUCCAAAGAUCAGCACGCUUCAAACUCAGCCCCUUGGAACAAUUGUGAAUGGGUUGUUUGUAGUCCAGAAGGUAACAGAAAAGAAGAAAGGUAUAUUAAACCUAAGGGACAACACUGGGAAUAUGGAAGUAUUGGUGGCUGGAAACCAGGACACAAUAAAAUGUGAGGAAGGAGAUAAGCUUCGACUUACGUUCUUCACGCUGUCAAAAAAUGGAGAAAAACUACAGCUGACAUCUGGAGUCCAUAGCACCAUAAAGGUUAUUAAGAACCAAAAAAAAAAAUAGAGAAAGGAAAAGGACCAAUUCAAACCAACCGGGAAGAAUACGUGAUACAGCCUGUUCCAUCAGAUUGCAAGUUACCCGAGUGUGGCAGUUCACAGGCUCCUCUCCACCAAGUUAGGAUAGGAUAAUUGCUGGAUAAACAAAUUCAAAAUAUCAACAGAUGAUUACAAUAAACGUCUGUUUCUCAUUCAUUACAGUC